AUGAAGCUUAUCUCAACUCUUGUCGUCCUCGUCGGCGCUGGCGCUGUGGCUGGUAGUUUGGCAGGAACCGAGACGAACCCUCGCCUGAAGCGUGCGGAAGGAACAUGGAAUCUCCAACCUAGAGAGUCGAUCGGGGUGGAACCCAAACCCGGCGGCCCUCCAAGAGCACGCCAGCUGGAGGCAACUAAGGCAAACCCUCGCUUCGUCCGGGCAGAGGGAACUUGGCACUUGAUGCCCAAGCGAUCAGACAUUGUCACGGAUGACGUGGACGACCAGCUGCUUCAGAAGAGGGGCCUCGAGGCAACCAAGACAAACCCCCGAGCUAAGAGGGCCGACGGUACAUUCAACCUAGUGCCUCGCCAGUCAGAGACCAAGGAGGCGAAGAAGCGGGACCUGGAGGCAACCAAGGCCAACCCACGGUUCGCAAGGGCAGAUGGGACCUUCAACCUGGUCCCUCGCCAGUCAGAGACGAAGGCAGCUCAGAAACGAGACCUCGCCGCAACCAAGACGAAUCCCCGCCAGAAGCGUGCCGAUGGAACUUUCAACUUGGUCCCUCGUCAGUCAGAGACGAAGGAGGCAAAGAGAGACACGGACGCCACCAAGACCAACCCUCGUGAGAAGCGUGCGGAUGGCACGUGGAAGAUGAUGCCUAAGCGGUCUGACGUUGUCACUGACAAUGUGGACAACUCCGAGCAGGAGAAGCGUGCCGAAGGACUGCCAACCAAGACCAACCCCCGAAUCAAGAGAGCUGAUGGUACCUGGAAUCUCGUGCCCAGGCAGUCGACUACGAAGGAGGCCUAG